AUGACAACCCCUUCGAGCGGAGAGAUAAAGAGAAUAUGUGCGCAGUUACAAGAAUUUGGCCCAGUUGGUGAAUCUAAUGUAUUCUACUGGUUUCAGAACCAGAAGUCACGGAAUAAGGAUAAGCACAAGCAAAGACAACCAUACAAUAAGAAGAGUGCUAGAGUAAUAAAAAAAUCGGCAAUUUCUUAUGGUAACGCCGCUUUAAUCCCAACUCAAAACGUCACAGAAACACCUCAUUCAUCUUCAUCAUCUUCCCAUGAUCACCAAAAUGCACCUCCUAGUGAAUUAUUGUUACCUAAUAACAAUGAUGAAUUUGUUGGUUUGAACCAAAACCAAGUUGAUGCUUUUUGUUACAACCCUACUCAAACUGAUCUUCAGCUACCUUCGACUAUAACUCCAUUUUUCUCUGAUCAGCCCGCCGCAGCACCUACUCAAACUGAUCUUCAGCUGCCUACAACACCAUUUUUCUCUGAUGAGCUCCUCAAUAUGAGUCAACCUGCAUUUCCUACUCAAACUGAUCUUCAGCUUCCUACAACACCAUUUUUCUCUGAUGAGCUCCUCAAUGUGAUUCAGCCUGUAUUGGCUCCACAAAUUGUUGAUGUGCCUGAUUUGCUAAAUGAUGAGGACUUUAUGAGUUAUUUGAAUGACCAACAUGAUCAAGGGAAUAAUCAAGAUGAAGGAGCUUCAAUGAAUAUGUUGCAACAAGAAGAAGAACCACAACUGAAUUUUGGGGUUAGUUCAAAUAUAAGCAAUCAUGAUUCAACUGAUCUUGCUCCUCUUCCCCCCAUUACUAUUGAGGCACCUGUUGUUGAUCCAUUCCCCAUUACUCAAUUUCAAGGUAAUCAAUUACAGUUUGUUUACUAA